UAACACGCCAAACAUAUCUUGACAUCACUGGAUGCAAGGAAGAUAAUCCGUCCAGUGAAAAAAAAGAUUUAAAAAAUGAAGUUGACCUUAGUUCUCGUGGCUGCUUUAGCGGCGUUCGCUUCAGCUGAAGAAAGUGAUAACACAAUGGAAAUCGCCCUUAGUUUUGUGAAGGACUGCAAAGGAGAUUACUUCUUAUGUGUUAAGGAAAAACUACUCAAAAUUGUCGACAACCUAAGAGCGUCAAGGAGCAUAGCUAUUGCUGAGGGUGUUGUGUUGAAGGGUGAACCAGAGACAAGGACUGGGAAGAAAUAUGAUGCUUUACCCGUAGACCCUACCGCCCGGGAUGCUGAGGUUAACUACAGACUCAUGGAUGGAGUUGUCAGCCUGUUUGAAACUCAUGCUGUCGAGGUUAAAAUGAACGAAGCUGACAAGGAGACCAUCCAGAGGUCACUUGAAGAAGGUCGUGGCAAGAAGAACAAGGGAGGCGGUAUGGGCGCUAUCAUCGGUCUCCUCGGAGCCAAGGUCUUGCUCGGUAAACUCUUCAUCGUCAAGCUCAUCGCCCUCAAAGCUCUAGCCACCGCCAAGAUCGCUCUGGUCCUUGCCGUCAUCCUGUUCGUUGCCUGGUGCCUGAAGCAUGACCACUCCAAGACCACUUAUGAGGUCAUCCCUCACGCGCACCAUCAUGAGUCCCACCACCCAGUUCACGUGGAACAUGUCUCCCAUGAUGUUCACGGCCAUGGAGGUGGCUACUCCAGCUACGGUGCCGACUGGAACAAAAACCUCGAUGAGGCCCAAAACUUGGCCUAUAAUGCCUAUUCUCAUAACAAGUAGAUAGAAAAAUACCAAAGGCUAGGCCUGUAACUUAAACCUCUGUUGUACAAAGACUUUAUUUAUUUAUUUAAUUUAUUGCCAUUAACUUAUUCUAUUAAUAAAUUAUUGAUUUCGUU